AUGUGUGGCAUUUUCGGCUACGUGAACUAUCUGGUCGAACGGGACCGGAAAUUUGUCGUCGAUACUCUUGUGAACGGUCUCUCGCGUCUUGAAUACCGUGGUUAUGACUCUGCAGGUCUGGCCGUUGACGGCGACAAGAAGAACGAGGUGUUUGCAUUCAAGGAGGUCGGUAAGGUGGCCAAGCUGAAGGCUCUCAUCGAUUCUUCCAAGCUCGACCUGGACGAGGUGUUUGACUCCCACUGCGGUAUCGCACACACCAGAUGGGCCACCCACGGCCCGCCGUCUCGCGUGAACUGCCACCCUCACCGGUCUGACCCCAACUGGGAGUUCGCCAUUGUCCACAAUGGUAUCAUCACAAACUACAAGGAGCUUAAGACGCUCUUGGAGAGCAAGGGCUUCAAGUUUGAGACCGAGACAGACACCGAGUGCAUUGCCAAGCUUGCCAAGUACAUCUACGACCAACACCCACAAAUCGGCUUCACCGACCUGGCCAAGGCCGUCAUCAACGAGCUUGAGGGCGCCUACGGUCUGCUGAUCAAGUCCGUGCACUACCCCCACGAGGUCAUCGCUGCCCGCAAGGGAUCCCCUCUGGUCAUCGGCGUGAAGACCCAGAAGCGGAUGAAGGUCGACUUUGUCGACGUCGAGUAUGCCGACGAGAACAGCCCGCUCCCUGCCGAGGCUGCCUCGCAGAACGUUGCUCUCAAGAAGGCCGGCGUCGCCAGCGGCAGCGGCCUGCUCUCUCCUGAGGCGGCUCUCGGCGGCCUCGCCGCCCCCGACAAGUCGCUCCUCCACCGCUCCCAGUCACGCGCCUUCAUGACGGACGAUGGCAUGCCCAUGCCUACCGAGUUCUUCCUCUCGUCCGACCCGUCUGCCAUUGUCGAGCACACCAAGAAGGUCAUGUACCUCGAGGAUGACGACAUUGCCCACAUCCACGAGGGCUCGCUCAACAUUCACCGCCUGAAGAAGUCGGACGGCAGCUCCAACAUCCGUGCCAUCCAGACGCUGGAGCUGGAGCUGCAGGAGAUCAUGAAGGGCAAGUUCGACCACUUCAUGCAGAAGGAGAUUUUCGAGCAGCCCGAGUCGGUCGUCAACACCAUGCGUGGCCGCCUGGACAUUGAGAACAAGAAGGUCACUCUCGGCGGCCUGCGGUCAUACAUGUCGACCAUUCGCCGCUGCCGUCGCAUCAUCUUUAUCGCCUGCGGCACCUCGUACCACAGCUGCAUGGCUGUGCGUGGUGUUUUUGAAGAGCUUGCCGAAAUCCCGAUUGCUGUCGAGCUGGCAUCCGACUUCCUUGACCGACAGGCGCCUGUCUUCCGAGACGACACUUGCAUCUUUGUGUCGCAGUCGGGUGAGACUGCCGACUCGCUGUUGGCCCUGCGGUACUGCCUGGAGCGUGGCGCCCUGACCGUUGGUAUCGUCAACGUUGUCGGCUCGUCCAUCUCGCUGCUGACCCACUGCGGCGUGCACGUCAACGCUGGCCCAGAGAUUGGUGUCGCCUCGACGAAGGCAUACACAUCGCAGUUCAUUGCCAUGGUCAUGUUUGCGCUGUCGCUGAGCGAGGACCGCGCGAGCAAGCAGCAGCGGCGCGAGGAGAUCAUGGAGGGUCUCGCCAACGUGUCGAGCCAGAUCAAGGGUGUGCUUCAGCAGGACCAGGCUAUCAAGCAGAUGUGCCAGCAGAAGUUCAAGAACCAAAAGUCUCUUCUCCUGCUUGGCCGUGGCUCGCAGUUCAGCACGGCUCUCGAGGGUGCCCUGAAGAUCAAGGAGAUCUCCUACCUACACUGUGAGGCCGUCAUGUCGGGCGAGCUCAAGCACGGUGUGCUGGCCCUCGUGGACGAGAACCUCCCGAUCAUCAUGAUCCUCACCCGCGACAAUCUUUUCACAAAGUCCCUCAAUGCCUAUCAGCAGGUGAUUGCUCGUGGUGGCAAGCCGAUUGUCAUCUGCAACCCCUCCGACAGCGAGUUUAAGACGUCAGAGGCGGAGAAGAUCGAGAUCCCCAAGACCGUGGACGUUCUCCAGGGCAUCUUGAAUGUCAUCCCCCUGCAGCUGAUUGCCUACUGGCUGGCCGUUCUGGAGGGGCUCAACGUCGACUUCCCGCGCAACCUGGCAAAGUCCGUCACGGUCGAGUAA